AGAAUGCUGCAUGUGUGUCAUGCUGUAAUGUACAAACAGCUCAGUGCGUGGUUAUUACAUGGUCUCUUAUUGGAUUAUUACGAUGAAUUUUUCAUCAUGAUGAAGUCUGCUACCAGUGCUGGUGCUAUUACAUCUGCUGAACAAUCUGAGACUGAGGAUGGCAAAAAUGAAGAAAAACAAGUUCAGGUGUGUGAGUUUUCUUUCAAGACUUUCUUCUAAAGAACCUUGGAUCUUACCUUUAGAAGUGGUUUCAAUAUUGAGUUGAGUUUUGCAACUCAAUCAUCUCAUCAAUGAAAUCAUCUAAACCAAUAUCAAGCCAUCAAUGAAAUCAUCUCAAUCAUCAGACCUUUAGUUUUGAGAGGCCAAUUGCUCAAGGACAAAUUGGUUAAAUUUUGGUUAAAGUGUGACUAACCCCAAAUAAAAUGUUUGGUAUGUGUAAUAUUUGGGUUACUCUAAGAAAAAAUGUAAUAUGUCUUUAUAGUAAGAAACCUCAUCUUGAUCAACUCUUUCACUGCCAAAGUUUUCAUAUAUGAUGUCAUUAGGUGAAUUUUUGGUACAAAAAAUAAAAGAAAACUAAUUUGUAUUUCAUGUAAUGACAUCAUAUCCGGAAAGUUUGACAGUGAAAAAAUUGAUCAAGAUGACGAGUUUUUUUUUAGUUCUUAUGGCAUCUGUUUUCUUGCAAGAGAAUUUUUUUGCAUAAAUCAGACACUUUCAACUUAUCUUACUGAACCACUUCCUCUGUUUUGAUGCUGUAGUUUUCCACAAACCAACAUGUUAGCCUCUUGUACGUACUUAUUUUAGCAGGAAAAGAAGCCAGCCAGUCAAAAAACUGCUGAGAGUCAUUUCAGUUUAAACGCAGAAAUGCUGCCAUCGUAUAUUUCAACAAGUGUUGCCGAGAAGGUUUGUAUGUCUACAUGACUAUCUAAGCUUUUUAAACAGUCGUUGCCAGUGUAGAUAGCGACGAGCCAGUGUUGGUAGUUCAGAAUUGACUUCCACUAACUCCUUGGCUGAUUGAUCAAUUGGAUAUAUCAAACACAUCUGAUUGGUUAAUCGGAUACAUCAAACGCAUCUGAUUGGUUAAUCGGAUAUAUCAAAUGCAUUUGAUUAGUUAAUGGUCCCUUAAUGGUAGCGGAAGUGAAAUCUGAACCACUCUAAAACCCGCUCCCGACCUCCGCUAGUACUGUGGGUUUAACGCAGGUGUAAGGAGUUGAGGGCUGACUGUUUUUGCUACCCAUGCCCGGAUGCCAUUUUUACUUUCUAUUUUCUAAUAAAUUCUAAAAAUGACGAAUCGCAGGGCCGCAGGUUCUAUUCCUGCGAGGGACCUAAAGUUGCAUUUUUUCGCUUCUGUUUCUGGUUUGGUCUAAUAAAUGUAUAUAAAUAGACAACUUGCAUGUUAGACUAAUUUUUGAUCUAGGCAAAAAAAAGUAAAUUCCCGUAAAGACUUAUUAAAAUUAGUAAAGUUGCAAAAUUUGGUUAUGAGAUGUUGUAAAAUACGGAAAAUAUAGCCUUGGGAAGUUUGCAUUAUUUUGUAUAUUUUGAGCCGAAAAUGGUAACAAUUUCCGCACGUAAUACAAACAUAUACAAAAUUUGCAAACUUUGCAAGGCUAUAUUUUCCAAGCUUUAUAACAUUUCGCAACCUGCAAAUUUUGCAAUUUUACUAAUUUCAUCAUGUUCUUUUUAGCUUUUUAGCUAUUCCCUUCUCUUUACUUAGAUUAAAAUUUAGUCUAACAUGCAAGUUGUUCAUUGCCACUCGAUAAUUUCCAUCUACAAUAUACCCUUCAAUCGAAAUUUGAAAAGGACUGCGAAAGUCCUUCCUAUCCCCUUUGAUAUCGUCGUACUUUUUUAUAUCUCUUUCUAUCAUUUUAUACUUUAUAUCUUUCUUAUAUACGGUGUUUCCUCGAUCUACUAUGGCCAACCUAUUGAUCUAUCAGUGAGUAAACGACGUAUAACUUGUUAAAUCUAUAGAUUCUAUUUGUUGGGGAAUCUGUGAAGAUGCUGGAAAGCUCCAUGUCGAAGUCUGCCGACAAUCGCCGGGGUAAAUAUAUAAUAUCUUGUUUCGAAAUGGCCCACUGGAGAAAAAUAUUGAUUCCUCUGUGUGUCGUUUGUCAAGACCAACUGUCUUCAUUUGUUUGUCCAAUAAUGAGUCAUGACCCCUCAGACAAAUGUUGCAUCUUACUGGAUGUUAAGGUUAAUUCAUGGUUUUGGUUCAAUCUAAAGGCCCAUUUCCACUCAGGAAAAUUUUCCGCAGAAAGAAAAUUUUGUAAAAUGUGAUUGGCCGACACAAAUUUUCCGUCGGAAAAUUUUUUUGAAAAUUUUCAACUUUUAACAAUGAUAUUUUCAUAUACUUUAUUUUUCUUAGAUGCAGUUAUGAAAGAGAACGAGAUAGAGUUCGGGCGAUCUUUGCAUAAAUUACAACAGGAACCCACCUUUCAUUUGCCGUCUUUUGAAAAGGAAAUUGACAGGAUUAAAUCACGCAUUGCUGAGGUAAAUA